AUGAGCACGCGAGGGGAGAUGUCUCCUCGGCGCCGCCGCACAUCUCCGCCGCCUGCCUCUCUGCCAGACGACGACGACCUUCUCCGGGAGAUUCUCCUCCGCCUGCCGCCGCGCCCUUCCUCCCUCCCCAGGGCCUCCCUCGUCAGCAAGCGUUGGCGCAGCCUCGUCGCCGAUCCCCAAUUCCAACGCCGCUUCCGCGACCACCACGGCAAGCCUCCUCUCCUUGGCUUCUUCGUCGAUGAAUAUAGCCCCUGUCCGCUUUUUCCACUGCUGGAUCAACCAGAUCGCAUCCCCGGCGCUCGCUUCUCCAUGCCUCUCCGCGAGGGCAACCGCAUCCGCAUCGUCGACUGCCGCCACGGACUUGUACUUACCUUCAGCUCAAGGCAAACCACAUGGCGGCCGCGCCACCUAUUUGUGUGGGAUCCGGUCGCCCGCGAGCAGCGCUGCCUCAUCUUCCCACCAGAGCUAGACGUUGACAAGAUGUUCAUCUUCAACGGGGCGGUGCUUCGCCCUGUUCGCGGUCACGGCCAUUUCCAGGUGGUCCUGGUAGCCCAUUACUUACCUGCUGAUAUAUCGAGUUCUCGCAUGCCUUUACUCAUCGGAGAACGGCAGAUGGAGCAAUAUCAACUCACUGCAGCUGCAAACAUUUAUAGCAUCGCCAGAACCCAGCACUUUGAUUGGGAAUUCCAUUUGCUGGUUAAUUAA